AUGCUGAAAGAAUUUUAUGGCCCUACCCUUGCUGAGAAGAAAUAUGCCAUAUUGUCGCAUUGCUGGGGUGCGGCGGAGGAAGAAGUGUCGUUUCAGGAGAUGGAGCGGCUCCUGAUCACGGAUGAGGAAGAGAGGAAUCAGAUUAGAGGGCGCACCGGAUACAAGAAAAUAAUCGACACCUGCAAACAAACACAAAAAGAUGAUUUGGAGUGGGUCUGGGCCGACACUUGCUGUAUUGAUAAGAAGAGCAGCGCCGAACUAUCAGAAGCAAUCAACUCCAUAGCGCAACGGUGCUACGUCUAUCUCCAUGACACUGCUGGUGACACUUUGACGCACUGGGACGAGUCGACGGUCACUCCAAAGUGGUUUUCCCGAGGCUGGACCCUUCAAGAACUCAUCGCACCCAGUGACAUCCAGUUCUUCGAUCGGAACUGGGAGUGUAUAGGCGACAAGGAACGACUUGGGUCCACUCUCCGCCGCAUUACGCGAAUUCCGACGGAAGUUUUGGAGAUCGGGCUCGGUGGCAUGCGUCCCAGCGUAGCCCAAAUCAUGUCCUGGGCUUCUGACCGGACGACAACACGGGAGGAGGAUCGAGCAUAUUCGCUACUGGGUUUACUUGACGUGCAAAUGCCGAUGUUGUACGGAGAAGGGAAGAAUGCCUUUCGUCGUUUGCAGCUGGAAAUCCUUCGCAAGUCAAAUGAUCAAACUAUCUUCGCCUGGGGUUGGUCAAGGACCACUGGGUUACCCCAGCUGGUUCAGGGAUUGUUCUGA